AUGCUUGCAAAAUUCGGCUUCGACAUUUUGGAACUCUCAACAUUGGCUACUUUGCGCGUGGGGAGAGCGACGAGAAGAACACUAUGUCGUUAUGGUCACAGCCCAUGCCUCUCCGCAGCAGUCGACUGCGUCGUUGCACGAGCCCGCCAAAUAAUUUCUUCUCCUCACAAUACGAAGUUCUGGGAACCACUCGUACUAGCACACUACAUAACCGUGAUUGAAACACUGAAACGUGCACUUGACUCACCCAAAACUCGGUAUAAACCCGAAGUUCUCUGUGCUACCGAGAUACUCGCUCUGUACGAAUUACUAGAGCCCUCUGGUGAAGCGGCAUGGAUUCGUCACUCGGCUGGUGCUGCUCAUCUGAUUUUGCUACGGAGACCUGAAUCCUAUACGACAGAUUUUGAACGUGCAUUGUUUAUGGGUCAUACGGGUCCGAUUAUGACUGAGGCCUUGUUGAAUGGGAAACGGUGUUUUCUGGAGCAAAAUGCGUGGCAGAAUUUAUUGAUGUCUGUUAUAUGUAAGGAGAAAUACUAUACAGUGAGUGACUGCAGCGAGAUUGUAGUGCUUUUGAUUAUGGCGAAGAGUAAGAUCCCCGGAACAUUUUGGGAUAUGACGCAGCUUCUUUGUAGGCAAGAAGAACCCAGUCUCGAAUAUGUAGUACGGAUACAAAAAUGGUGUAGAGAAUUGCGUCAGCGGUUUGUGGAUUGGAAAUGCAAGUAUGAAGCGUUGAUUCGAGAAGUUGGCGAUGUGGGAGAGGGAACAAUGGAAUUUGAUCGUAGGGUGAAAGCAUAUGCGACUUUUUUUUAG